AUGAUCUAUCUAGAUUCAUCUGCGAACUAUCUAGAUAGGCGUUCGAAAAGAAGACGGUCAAUUUCACCUGACUCGAGGAGACCCCCACCUGCUGAUGGGGGUGAUCAUUAUAUUCCUAAUUACGAUAAGGAAGGAUACACACCGGGUCCUCGAUAUAACGGCAAACCAGGAGACACGCGUUACCCACCGCACGGAUUUCCAGUUGGCCUGCACAUGGGAUUUAGCGUUCCUGCACCACCCUUGAUGACUCCUGGAGGUCCCCUCAUGCCGAUGGAUUGGACGACACAGGGAAGGCAGGAGGCACUGAAGGAUCCUGAUCAACUAGACUUCUUGGUGACCUUUAAAUACUUUGCCGAAUUUCUUCAGUCGUCCCAGCCUAAAGUGCGCUUCACUGAUGAUGACUUGCAUAAGCGAUACAAUGAUUACAAGGAAGCCUUCGGUGUCAAGCAAUUGAAAACCUUUUUUGACGCUCACAAAAAGGAAGAAUGGUUUCUCGAGAAGUACCAUCCGAAGCAUAUGGGGCCGAGAAUUGAGGCGACCAAGAUAUUGAAAAGGAAAGGUUACAAUCAAUUCCUCGAAGAUUUGAAGGAAGGUCUUUUCGAUAACAUUAUUAACGAUGUGGUCGAGGAGAGUAAAGACGAUAUGAAAGUAGAAGAUAGCAACACGGAGAAAAAUGAUCCCGAUGAGGAUGCUAAUCGUCUUUUCAUAAAGAGUGUUUCACCGAAAAUCUCUGGAUUCAAGUAUCUUGCAUUGUCUGAACCUAAUCCUCAGAAAAAGUUUCAUCGGUUGGGAUGGAUCGUCUUCGAGGAAGGAACCGACAUGGAUAAAGCGUAUGAAAAACUUAAUGAACAAAAGACCGGACCAGUCCGCAAUCGUACAACACCGGAUAUUGCGAACCAGAUUGAUCGUUUGAAGAAAGAUUUAUCAUUUGCGAUCAAACUUAUUGAAAAGUUGGACAAUGAUGUCGACGAUUCGUUUAACGGUGUUCAAACGAUCAAACAAAGGCUUGUGCUCAUCUCCAAUGACGAACAGGAUGAAACUACCACGGUUAAGAGAGCUUUAGAUAUUCAUAUCGAAUAUCUACGCCGCGUACAUCUUUUUUGCUAUUAUUGCGGCAGCGAAUCUGAUUCCGUGGAAGAACUCAAUAGAAAGUGUCCUGGCCGUCAUUUGAGAAGUGUGACUGGAACUAGCGAUGCGAAGUCGGCUGGCAAAUCUCAGAAGGAAAAGCAAAUCAAUGCUUCGGCUUGGAUAAAGACUUUGGAUAAUAAGAUCAGUUACAAGACCGACCCUCAGAAAUUUGAAAACGAGAUCGAAAAACAUGGUGGUCUAAAUGUCAAGGCAGUUAUGGAAACAUUCUAUAGUGAAAACGUAAUUGAGGUGGAAGCCGGACGUAAGUUCAAGUGUAACAUCUGUGGAAAGUUGUUUAAAGGUUCCGAGUUUGUUAAGAAGCAUAUCGACUAUAAGCACCACGACAUGGCAAAGUUCUACAACAAUUAUGUACUUGACCCGAACCACCUCCUUCCCACCACUCCGCCCAACCCCACUGCGGCACUUAGUGGGCCUUCAACUGUCUCCACCCUUCCACCCAAUCCAUUCCCUGUGAUCGCCAAUGCUCCGCCACCGCCAUUCAUGAAUUUUGGAUUUCCCAUCGUUGGCGCUGCCGCCGGUACUCCUCACGAUCAAAUUCCGAGAAUCGGUUUUGACGACCGGGAUGAUCGAGACCAACGCAAUUCCAGAUCUGCCGGUGAUCGUCGAAGACAAGCAUCCAGUUCUAGACCGAACGAUUUCAACGCGAGCUCAGAUCCUCGACAAGUGAAAUCUUAUGUUGACCUGGACGCGCCGGCCGAAGGAGACAUCGAGAUCAAAUAUUGA